CCUAUGCACAUUCGCAUGGAGCGCACAGUGGUGUUCAUCACUGGCUGUUCCUCUGGCAUUGGCCUACACCUGGCCCUGCGUCUGGCGUCAGACCCGUCCCAGAGCUUCAAAGGUACAUGAGAGGAAGGAGAGGGUGGUGUGGAGAGAAGGGAGCAGCUGCUGCCUCCUCCUCUCUCUGAACCUCCAGUGUAUGCCACGCUGAGGGACCUGACAACACAGGGCCCACUGUGGGAGGCUGCCCGGUCCCGAGGGUGCCCCCCGGGCUCCCUGGAGACGUUGCAGCUAGAUGUGAGGGACGCAGAUUCCAUAGCCGCUGCCCGGGCACGCGUGGCCGAGGGCCGCGUGGACGUGCUAGUGUGUAAUGCAGGCCGGGGCCUGAUGGGGCCGCUGGAGGUACAGAAGGCGGACGCCGUGGACUCCGUGCUGGACGUGAACCUGACAGGGACCGUGCGGAUGCUGCAGGCCUUCCUGCCAGACAUGAAGCGGCGCCGCUCGGGACGCAUAUUGGUGACCGGGAGCAUGGGAGGAUUGAUGGCGCUUCCCUUCAACGCCGUUUACUGCGCCAGCAAGUUCGCAGUAGAAGGUUUGUGCGAGAGUCUGGCGAUUCUGCUGCAGGCCUUCGGGAUCCACUUGAGCCUCAUCGAGUGCGGCCCGGUGCACACCGCCUUCUCCGAGAAGCUGGAGGGCGGCUUAGGCGGGGUACUGGACCACGCGGACGCCAAGACCCGCGACCUCUUCUCCCGUUACCUGCGUCACUGCGAACAGAUCUUUCUUGAGGCGGCGCAGGACCCGGAGGAAGUGAUCGAGGUCUUCCUCCAGGCGUUGCGCGCCCCGCGCCCGUCCCUGCGCUACUUCACCACCGAGCGUUUCCUGCCUCUGAUACAGCUGCGCUUCUCCGACCCCAGCGGCUGCAGCUACGUCGCCGCCGCGCACCACUCAGUGUUCGGGGACUCGGACGGCGCGGGGGGAUCGGACAGCGCCGGGGACUCGGAUGGCGCCGGGGGCUCCGACAACGCCGGGAGCUCCGACUGCGCUGGGGUGGAGGCUGGAGCCGGAAAACGCUCAGCCUGAACUAGGCGCUCCUCUCGCGGCCCCGCAAUAAAGGCUUGGUCCGUCGCA